UCACAGCACACCUAUAGUUCGUGCCAACAAUUCAGAACUCAGUUUUCUUCUCCUGGUGUCACUCAAACUGUGUUUCUUGUGUAUGUUGCUCUUUAAUGUUGUCAUUAAAAUAACUGUCAGAAAUGAUCAAGUUUUGAUUUAUGAAAUUAUGCACUUUCCUGCCUUAGCCUGUUCACCAAGUUUAAAAGAGAAAAGAGUUUUGAUUUAUUAUACAUAAUCAUCCAUUUACAGUCAUAAACAUUAUAAAUAUAAUUGUGUCAUUCAAAAAUACAAGCAAUUGUACCAUGAAGACACAUGACAUUGGAACCAUAUGUAAAUGACACAUGACGUUGCAAGAGCAAACAUUGUCAUAAGUUAAUAAAAUGGCUGUGGUAGUGAUGGAUUGGAACUCAGAAAAGGGAUGAGCAAGAUUAAAGUCAUGAGGGGUUUUGUAGACAACAACUUGCUGUUGCUCAUGUUCUCGUACCUUUCCUCUGCUGUGUCCUCCUCUCUUUAUUCCUCGUCUUGUCUGUUACAGGGACAGUUUAAUUUAAAUGGGAUGCACAAAACUGGAGAUGUGAUUCUAGGUGGGAUUUUUCAAAUCAACUUCUUUUCUGCUGAUCCUGACCUGACUUUUACCUCAGAGCCACAGCUGCCUACCUGUUAUGGUUUUAAUAUUAUAGGAUUGAGGCAGGCUCAGUCCAUGGCCUUUGCUAUUGAUGAGAUCAACAGAAACUCCAACCUGCUGCCUAAUGUGACUCUGGGAUACAGUCUGUAUGAUAACUGCAUCCAACUACGAAUUGGAUUUCGUGCAGCACUGGCCUUAGUCAGUGGUCAAGAAGAAGAAGUUACAGUAGAGGAGAACUGUGUAGGAACUCCUCCAGUCCUAGGGAUUGUGGGUGAUACUACUUCUUCAAAUUCUAUAGCCAUUUCUACAGUCUUAGGUUUGUACCGAGUGCCUAUGGUGAGUUAUUUCGCCACAUGUUCCUGCCUGAGUGACAGACAAAAGUUUCCAUCUUUCUUUAGGACGAUCCCAAGUGAUGCUUUUCAGGUGAAUGCUAUGAUUCAGAUUCUAAAACACUUUGGUUGGACUUGGGCAGGUCUGCUCAUCAGUGAUGAUGAUUAUGGAGUCCACGCUGCCCGAUCCUUUCACUCUGAUCUGGAUCCAGCUGGUGGAGGUUGUCUGGCUUACACAGAGAUUUUGCCCUGGGGUGACGACCCUGCUGAACUAAAGAGAAUAGUGGAUGUGAUGAGGAAAUCUACAGCUCGAGUGGUGAUUGUGUUUGGACAUAAGAGUCACAUGAUUAACCUCAUGAAAGAGGUGGUGAGGCAGAAUGUGACAGGCCUGCAGUGGAUGGCCAGUGAAGCCUGGGCAUCAGUUGAUGUGCUCCAGACUCCUCACCUCAUGCCGUAUCUGGGUGGAACACUGGGCAUCGACAUCCGUCAAGGAGAAAUACCAGGACUCAGGGACUUCCUGUUACAAAUACGUCCUGACCUACAUCACGGCAAGGCUGAUGGAAAAACCGUGGUGAAUCAGUUUUGGGAACACACAUUUCAGUGUAGAUUUGCACCACCUCCAGCAGGUUGGGUGGAAACUGGAGGACAAUUAUGCACUGGACAGGAAGUUAUAGAGAAUCUGGAGUCUGAGUUAUUUGAUGUUUCAAACCUCAGGCCAGAGUAUAAUGUGUAUAAGGCUGUGUACGCUCUGGCGUAUGCUCUUGAUGACAUGCUGCAGUGUGAGCCAGGGAAAGGACCUUUCAGCAACAACACCUGUGCUCAUUUACAAAGACUGGAGCCAUGGCAGCUUGUGUAUUACUUGGAAAAAGUCAACUUCACCACAACAUUUGGUGAUCAAGUGUCAUUUGAUGAGAAUGGUGAUGCCUUACCAAUAUAUGACAUCAUAAAUUGGGUGUGGCUCCCUGAUGGAAGAACUAAAGUUCAGAGAGUGGGUGAGGUUAAGAGGUCGGCCUUCAAAGGUGAAGAACUCACACUGGAUGAAGACAAAAUCUUCUGGAACUUUGAAUCCAAACAGCCUCCCCGGUCAGUGUGCAGUGAGAGCUGUCCUCCAGGUACCCGCAUGGCCACUAAGAAAGGAGAACCUGAGUGUUGUUUUGACUGUGUCCCUUGUUCUGAGGGAAAGAUCAGCAAUACAACUGACUCCAUGGAGUGCACCAGUUGUCCAGAAGAUUUCUGGUCCAGCCCCCAGCGUGACCACUGUGUUCCUAAAAAAACAGAGUUCCUCUCCUACCAUGAGCCUCUGGGUAUCUGCUUGACAACCACCUCACUGUUGGGCACAUUUAUCUGUGUUGUUGUUCUGGGCAUCUUCAUCCAUUAUCACAACACACCUAUAGUUCGUGCCAAUAAUUCAGAACUUAGUUUUCUUCUCUUGGUUUCACUCAAAUUGUGUUUCUUGUGUUCGUUGCUCUUCAUUGGACGUCCCAGAUUAUGGACUUGCCAACUAAGACAUGCAGCAUUUGGCAUCAGCUUUGUGCUUUGUGUCUCAUGUAUCCUGGUGAAAACCAUGGUGGUUCUGGCUGUGUUCAGGGCCUCCAAACCAGGAGGUGAGUCCAGUCUGAAGUGGUUUGGUGCUGUGCAGCAGAGAGGGACAGUUCUGGUUCUGACUUCUAUUCAAGCAGCAAUCUGCACUGUCUGGCUUGUCUCUGCUUCACCAAUGCCUCAUAAAAACACCCAGUAUCACAAUGACAAGAUAGUUUAUGAGUGUGUAGUUGGGUCCACAGUUGGUUUUGCAGUUUUACUUGGUUAUAUUGGUUUACUGGCUGUCCUCAGUUGUUUAUUAGCUUUUCUUGCAAAGAAUCUUCCAGACAGUUUCAAUGAGGCCAAACAUAUCACUUUCAGCAUGCUGAUCUUCUGUGCAGUGUGGGUGGCCUUUGUCCCUGCUUACAUCAGCUCACCAGGCAAAUAUGCAGAUGCAGUGGAGGUAUUUGCCAUCUUGGCCUCCAGUUUUGGCCUCCUGGUGGCACUGUUUGGACCCAAAUGUUAUAUCAUCCUGUUGAGACCAGAGAGAAACACAAAGAAAGCCAUCAUGGGUCGAGGCACCACAAAGUAAAACUGUGAACACUGGUGUCUCUCUGCCCAUCUGUUUACUUCUUGUAGGAACAAUGGUAUAUUUUUUUCAUUACUCGAUCUUCAAUAAGCCAUGCUCUCUAAUUGAAGUAUAUGUCAACCUGAAAAAUGUGGGUCCACAGUUUGAACUAGACAAGUGUUUUGUUUUUCAACUUGGUAACGUUGGACCAAUGUUGGACCAUUACUAAAUUGGUAGUCAAUGCAAUAGCUGAGUUUUUCCAACUUAAGACAGUGCACCACUAGCUGUAUUUACACUUUCCUCAGGAACUAGGAAUAUUUUAAGGUGCAGGGUAACUGAGGGGCACUUUGUUGUACAACAGCAGUAACCACAUACAUUCAAAACCUAACAACAAUAAUAAUAAAUACAAACUCAAAUACAAAUACAUUUAUAAUGAGUCAUUUUAAAGCCAGUGGUGGCUUCACUGUGCAAGGCUUGGUGUAACCAUAUACACAGGGCUGGCUCUAGUUAUUUUGAUGCCCUCUGUAAGGUUUGGAUUUGGUGUUCCACCCACCACAUCACGAAAGCAUCACCAAAGUGGUUUCCAAAGACAUUAUAAUAUUUAUUUAUUUUUCAUGUUAAUGAAUUUAUUUCUCAAAAAUACAAAGGAGUUUUCAUAUCUACAAGUUGAAAUCUUAUCCUGCAGAUUUAACUCAGUUGUUAAUCUGGUCAGAUAUCUAGGGACAACAAAUAUAUGUAGAUGACUCUGUAGAUGCUGUCUUAAUGGUCUCAUAUACUUCUGGAAAUGAUCCUGUUGAUGACCUGCAGCCUGACGUGGAGGAUGUAGUAUAUUUGCAGUGUAUUUUGAAUUUGUUGUUAAUUCAGCUGUAGACAUCACCAAACUGGAAUGCAUUGUAAAUUUGAUAUACAAAAUCUUGUAGGGAUACACAAUAAUUCAGAAAUUACACAUCUGAAGCACAAAUUAUAUAUAAAAAAGUAUGAACCAGUAAUGUUCCCUUAUUUCAGCCGGGGAUGAGAACAAAUUAUUCUAUUUUACUGUCUGAAUAAAUAUAGAUUGUUUCAGUCUAUUAAUAUUA